AUGGUUAAGCUAGGAAAAAAGUCCAAACGGACGCCCGUACGUCUACGACACAAGAUUGAAAAGGCCGGUGCGGCUAAGCAGCGGAAAUUAAGGAAACAGGCGAAAAAUGAUCCUACAUGGCGCUCCAAAGUCAAGAAAGACCCCGGUAUUCCCAACCUGUUCCCGUACAAGGACAGACUGCUGGCAGAUAUUGAAGAGAGGAAGCGAUUGAAGCAAGAAGAGCUGUUGCGCGCUCGUGAAGAGGCUCGUGAGCGUCGCAAGGCGGAGAGACAGGCUGCUGGUAUUGAGCAAGUCGACAACGAGGAUCUCCUUGAUGACGGCGAUAUCGACCUCGACGAUGACGAUGAGAUGGACGAUGGAGGCGACGACUCAAACCCAAUGGCGGCUCUUCUCGCGUCUGCGCGGGCGAGGGCAGCAGAAUACGAGGACGACGAUGAGGAUGAUGAUGAUGACGACGACGAUGAGAUGGACGAUGACGAUGACGACGAGAUGGAUGAGGACGGCAAGGAAGGAGCCGGCGUAAUUUUGAAUCAAAAGGAUAUCCCCACGCUCGCAUCACAAGUCACAUCCAAAGAAAGCUCGCGACGGGCGUUCGACAAGGUCUUCAAGCAGGUCGCCUCUGCCGCCGACGUGAUCCUCUACGUGCUUGACGCCAGAGAUCCGCAGGGUACACGAUCCAAGGACGUCGAGCGCGAGAUCAUGGCCGCCGAAGCAGGCUCGAAGCGGCUCAUCCUCGUCCUGAACAAGAUCGACCUGGUGCCUCCGCCAAUUCUGAAGGCCUGGCUCAUUUACCUUCGACGAUAUUUCCCCACGUUGCCUCUCAAGGCUUCCAAUGGCGCACCCAACGCACACAGCUUUGACCACAAGCAAUUGAGCGUCAAGGGCACGUCUGAAACAUUGUUCAAGGCCCUCAAGUCCUAUGCGCACACCUCCCAGCUGAAACGCGCCAUUUCUGUCGGCGUCAUCGGCUAUCCCAAUGUCGGGAAAUCGUCAGUCAUCAACGCUCUCACAGCACGCCUCAACCGGGGCCACAGCAGCGCAUGCCCAACUGGUGCCGAGGCCGGCGUGACAACCAGUCUGCGAGAGGUCAAGUUGGACAGCAAGCUCAAGCUGAUCGAUUCGCCCGGUAUCGUCUUCCCGAACUCGUCAAACAACAAAAAGUCAUCGUCCUCGUCCAAGAAGGAGAGUGAUGACGCCCGUCUCGUGCUUCUCAACGCCGUUCCCCCCAAACAAAUCACCGACCCGGUUCCCGCGGUCAAUCUCCUGCUCAAACGUCUCUCUAGCACCGAGGCGCUUUUCCAGAAAAUGCUCGACAUGUACGGAAUCCCACCACUGUUCCCGUCCAACGGCGACAAGACGAACGAUUUCCUUAUCCAAGUCGCCCGUAAACGCGGUCGCUUGGGUAAAGGCGGCGUCCCCAAUAUCCAGAGCGCGGCCAUGACUGUCAUCAACGAUUGGCGUGAUGGACGAAUCCAAGGCUGGGUUGAGCCGCCAACGUUGCCUGUCGUGGGCAUCGCGACCGACGGCUCUGCUGGUGACAGCAACAUUGCCGGUGCGGACACAAAGGAGAUCGUGUCAGGAUGGGCCAAGGAGUUCAAGAUUGAGGGCCUUUGGGGUAAUGGCGAGACGGGCAAUGAAGACGAGAUGGUGGUCGAGUAG